AUGCAAGCCCUUGUUCUGUCCUUGUUGACAGCGACCUCUAUGGUCCACGCGCAUGACUGGCGCGGAGAAAACUGGGACCAGGCGUAUGCUCAAGCACGCCAGGCGCUGCAGAAACUGAACCUGACCGAAAAGGUGGGUAUCGCGACUGGUGUCAAGUGGAUGGGCGGCCCCUGUGUGGGUAAUACCUACGAGGCCAGCGUCAUCGACUAUCCAUCCCUGUGUCUGCAGGACUCGCCUCUAGGCAUCCGUUUUGCCAAUCCCGUCACGGCAUUUCCGGCGGGCAUCAAUGCCGGAGCGACCUGGGAUCGGGACUUGAUACGCGCUCGCGGUGCGGCCAUGGGUGCGGAGGCCAAAGGCCUCGGAGUGCACGUCCAGCUGGGUCCGGUGGCCGGGCCUUUAGGCAAGAUCCCCAGCGGUGGUCGUCUCUGGGAGGGCUUCUCCGUGGAUCCCUACCUUAGCGGCGUCGCGAUGGAGCGGACCAUCACCGGCAUGCAGGCGUCUGGUGUGCAAGCAUGCGCCAAGCACUGGAUUGGGAAUGAGCAAGAGCACAAUCGUGACACCAUCAGCUCUGAUAUCCCUGACCGCGCGGCACACGAGCUAUAUGUCUGGCCGUUUAUGGAUGCAGUGCGGGCGAAUGUGGCCUCGGUGAUGUGCUCGUACAAUAAGGUCAACGGCUCCUGGGCGUGCGAGAGUGAUGCUGUCCUGAACAAGCUGAUGAAGACCGAGCUAGGCUUUCGUGGGUAUAUUAUGAGCGACUGGAACGCCCAGCAUACUACUAUCAAUAGCGCACUUGCGGGAUUAGAUAUGACUAUGCCUGGGAGCGAUUUUAGCAAUCCCCCCGGUAGUGUCUUCUGGGGACCUACCUUGGUAGCCGCUGUGACGAAUGGUUCAGUGCCAGAAUCACGCGUGGAUGAUAUGGUGACCCGGAUUUUGGCCGCAUGGUAUCUGGUCGGUCAAAACGAGGGCUAUCCACCUGUCGCCUUCAGCUCGUGGGACGGUGGGAAGGCCAACGUUAACGUGACGGACAACCAUGCGGCAGUGGCCUAUGCAGUUGCACGCGACUCUAUUGUUCUACUUAAAAACGAUGAUCGUGCUCUUCCCCUUCGUCGCCAGAAGAGCCUUGCUAUCAUCGGACAGGAUGCAAUCGUGGGUCCAGCGGGACCGAACGGAUGCUCUGACCGUGGCUGUAACAAUGGGACUUUGGCUAUGGGCUGGGGCAGUGGCACCGCUCAAUUUCCGCAACAGGCAAAAGCGGACGGCACUAAGAUUGUCUCCAGUACCACUGAUGACACCACUGCAGCAGCUUCAGCCGCCGCUGCGGCAGAGACAGCCAUUGUUUUCGUCAACUCCGACUCCGGCGAAGGGUACAUCACGGUCGAAGGCAACGCAGGUGACCGCAACAACCUCGAUCCGUGGCACAACGGGAACGAGCUGGUGAAGGCCGUAGCAGCCGUCAACAAGAACGUCAUUGUCGUCGUGCACAGCGUGGGCCCCGUCAUCCUGGAGACGAUUCUGGCACAGUCCAACGUGAAAGCCAUAGUCUGGGCCGGUCUUCCUGGCCAGGAAAGCGGCAACGCCCUGGUAGACAUCCUCUACGGUCAUACCGCCCCGAACGGCAAGCUGCCCUACACCAUCGCCAAGCAGCAAAGCGACUACGGCGCCUGGUGGACCUCUGGCCAGGUCGACACCUUCUCCGAAGGCCUGUUCGUCGACUACCGUCACUUCGACCAGAAGGGCAUCACGCCCCGGUACGAAUUCGGCUAUGGCCUCUCCUACACCACUUUUGAGUAUUCCAACUUUCACGCAAACGUCUUUGCGGUACCGGGACCGUCAGGUGGACAAGUCGUUCCCGGUGGGCCCGCCGAACUCUUUCAGCCGGUUGGGAUUGUCACCGCCAUGGUGCGCAAUACUGGACGUGUUGCCGGCGCAGAAGUGGCACAGUUGUACCUGGGACUGCCUAACUCGGCGCCGACAAGCCCGCCCAAGCAACUGCGAGGGUUCCAAAAGGUGGAUUUGAGGCCGGGGCAGUGGGCUCAGGUGGCUUUCUCCCUUACGCGCCGUGACCUCAGCUACUGGGACACUGCGACUCAGAAGUGGGUGCUUCCCAGCGGAAGGUUCUCUGUGUACGUAGGCAGCUCCAGCCGGGAUAUUCGGCAACAGGGCAGUUUUACUAUCCGCGGAGGAUGGUGA